ACCAUCACAAAUCAAAGACCACACAUUAACACUAUGGAACAACAACACCUCAAAAGCCUCUUCACAAUUCUCUUCUUGAUAACUAUGUUUUCGUCGACAACCGCGGGUAAAGUACCGGCGAUUCUCGUGUUUGGCGACUCAUCGGUUGAUGCCGGGAACAACAACUAUAUCCCAACGGUUGCGAGAAGCAACUUCGAGCCGUAUGGACGGGAUUUCGUUGGUGGGAAGCCGACCGGACGGUUUUGUAACGGAAAAAUCGCGACCGACUUUAUGUCCGAAGCCUUAGGGCUUAAACCGAUUAUUCCGGCAUACUUGGAUCCUUCUUACAACAUUUCGGAUUUUGCAACUGGUGUCACCUUUGCUUCCGCGGCCACUGGCUAUGACAACGCCACUUCUGAUGUUCUGUCAGUACUACCUCUAUGGAAACAACUCGAAUACUACAAAGAAUAUCAAACAAAACUAAAAGCAUACCAAGGGAAAGACAAAGCUGCCGAUACCAUAAACGACUCUCUAUACCUCAUAAGCAUAGGGACCAACGAUUUCCUCGAAAAUUACUUCGCUUUUCCGGGCCGUCCUUCGCAGUACUCCGUAGGUCUUUACCAAGAUUUUCUAGCUGGAAUAGCCAAAGACUUUGUGAAGAAGUUACACGGACUUGGUGCUAGGAAGAUCUCACUAGGUGGAUUGCCUCCAAUGGGAUGUAUGCCUUUAGAAAGAGCCACAAACCUUGGCACGGGAGGCGAGUGCGUUGGACGCUACAACGACAUAGCGGUUCAGUUCAACGACAAGCUUGAAAAGCUGGUUGAGAAGCUUAACAAAGAGCUUCCUAGUUCCAACAUCGUUUUCUCAAAUCCUUAUGAACCAUUUAUGCGAAUCAUCAAGAACCCUUCCUCUUUUGGGUUCGAGGUGGUCGGAGCGGCAUGUUGUGCCACAGGGAUGUUCGAGAUGGGAUAUGGUUGCCAAAGGAAUAACCCAUUCACAUGUACCAACGCAGACAAGUAUGUGUUUUGGGAUUCAUUUCACCCAACACAGAAGACUAAUCAAAUCAUGGCCAAUGCUCUUAUGAAUAGCACAUUCCCUCACCUCCGCUAGAUGAUUUUUUUUUUAUAAUGUUUGUGUGUGGGAACUGGAUAUGAAUGUAAUAUCAUUAUUAGCUAGGAUAUGAUGUUUAUAUAUCCAAUAUUUUUUGGUCCUAUAAACUAUGUACUAUAUAUGUAUGUAUUUCAGUAUUUAUA